AUGGGUAGCAUUGCACAAGAAGUGAAGCCCGUCUUCAAGACCCCCUGGGUGGAAACCCCCCUGGUUGAAUCGGCCUCGCUCUCCCGCGCAGCCGGAUACCACGUGUUCCUGAAGCUGGAGAACGUGCAGCCCAGCGGCUCCUUCAAGUCCCGCGCCAUGGGCAACCAGAUCCUCUCGCACCUCGUCAAGCCCGAGAACAUCAACCGACCCGUCCACUUCUACGCCUCAUCUGGCGGCAACGCCGGUUUGGCGGCUGUCUGCGCCGCCCGCACCCUGGGCUACCCGUGCACCGUCGUGGUGCCGCUCUCCACGAAGCCUCUGAUGGUGCAGAAGCUGCGCACCGCCGGCGCCGCCGAUGUCAUCCAGCAUGGCGAGACCUUCUCCGAGGCCGGCGAGUACAUGCGCGCCGUGGUCAUGCAGUCCGUCAACGCCGACGAGAGCCCCAAUGUCGCUAAGAUCGCCCUCCACCCCUUCGAUAACGAGCCCAUCUGGGAAGGAAACAGUACCAUUGUCGACGAGCUCGUCUUCCAGCUUCCCCCCGCCGUCGGGGACGACGAUGAACAGACCCAUCGUGGCCGUCCCUUGCCCGUGGACGCGGUGAUUUGCAGCGUAGGAGGCGGUGGGCUGCUUAACGGUCUGGUCAUGGGCAUUGAGCGACACCGGUCGAUGCAAAAACAAAACAACAAGCUCGCCGUCGCCGCUGCUAGCAGCGGUAAUGGUGAUACUACCCCCCAAACAAACCCCAUCCACCUCCUGGCCAUUGAAACCGACGGCACCGACUCCCUCGCCGCCGCGGUGGCGCAGAAGUCGCUCGUCUCGCUACCCAAAAUCACCUCCCAGGCCACCUCGCUGGGAGCCAUCCGGGUCUCCGAAAAGACCUUCCAGUACGUCGUGUCCCCACCGGCCGGGAUCGCCGUGCACAGCGCGGUGCUGUCCGACGCCGACGCGGCACGCGGUGUGCUGCGACUCGUCGACGAAGAGAGGCUCCUUGUGGAGCUGGCUUGCGGCGUGUGUGUGGAGGCGGCCGUUGGGGAUGCGGGCAAAGCCGUCGCUUCCUCGUCCGCUUCAGUAGUUCCCGUGUCUUCGGAGCGUAAGCGUAAGCGAACAACGGAGGACAACCCCUCGCGGGACGAAGGAUACGGGGAUGAUCGGUUGUCGGCCACGGAGAACGAGUCCGGGGCCGAGGACUCGGGGUCGUCUUCGGUUUCGACCUCGACGUCGCAGCCGCUGCAGUCGAAGCUGAAGCAGUUGGUGCCGGACUUGAAUGCGGAUAGCCGAGUGGUGAUCGUCGUAUGUGGUGGCAGCAACGUCACUAUCGAUUCGGCGGUAGAGUGGCGGAAAAUGCUCCAGGAGGGAUGGGCGAAUUGA